GCCACCCUGAUUAUUGUCAGCGCCUGGGAGCCAUACGGACGCGUCCUGCCCUUCCACGGCUUCAACACUGGGAGUCAUGAACCGCUGCAAGGUGACGCGUCCGCUGAUUUCCAGCGAAACUUCAGCGCAGACAUGCCGAUAUUAUUAAUCACCAACUAGCGGCUGGGCGCCAACAGCGAGCAGCAGCUUCCUUUUUCUUUUCUUUUUUUUUAUAUUUCUCCCACCCACCCGACCUAACGACGGGAUCGGGACCAUCUUUUGCGCAGUGAUACCGACGGCGGAGCGAGCGAGCGAGCGGCGGCGGCCACUCCGGGGAGCGUGGACUGGACCCGGGGGCCGUGUCAGUCCCGACACCAUCGGCCUCCUUCAGAUCCCAGACGGCCGCCGGAAUGGGGUGUGUGCGCGGCCAGUGAGGCGCCCUGCAGAGCAACAUGGCAGUAUGUCAGCUGAGCGUCUAGGUGACAUGAGUGUUGCCAGUGAGCGAUGUGAGCUCCACUGACGGGCGCCGCAGCUCUCUCCUCACCGAGCGUCCACCUCGACCAUUCAGAUGCACAUGGACAAUAAAGUGGCCAACCAUGGCAAGCAGGUCAGCAGCGACGGCCGGCCCCAGAUGCCGGGCGUGCCGCAGGGAGCCGCGGCGCUCCCGAGCUCGAAGGGAGGCGUCCCCGGGAUCCACGCGGCCAAAUCCGGCCAGGUCUCCCACGGCAACCCAGGCCCAAAGGUCGCAGGCCAGUCGGCGAGCGGAGGGAUGCUGAAAACCAAAUCCAAGCGGGACCGGAGCGUCCCCGUCGAGUCCGGCGAACCCAGGGGUGUCGUUCCGACUCCGGCGCUGGAGCCAGAAGCCAAAGGGGAGGGUGUUAUGCGCAGCAAACGGCGUUGUGUUCUGACCAAGAAACAGCCUUACAGUGGAGACGAAUGGUGCUCUGGACCAGACACGGACGACGAAGACAGGCCGCACACCGGCUCCCAGCGUCCUACCCAGGGACACUCUGAUCGCCUGCCUGCCGGACUCAUGCCUGAAUCCGGAUCUGCGGUUCUGGGAUCAGGGCAAGGGCUGAAGGCGGAGCUGCUGCAGCCUUCGCAGCAGCUGGUCUAUGUUUUCACUACCAGCCUCGCCAACAGUGCUGCUGAGGCAGUGAUGAAAGGGCAGAGUGACUCCAUCCUCCUGUUUCACCAGCAAAAUGUUCCAAACUCCAAGUUGGAGCAGGGCUACCCGCAAGGAAAGCUUCCUAAUCCCCCCGAGAAGGUCAGCUCCAGCUGCUCUCCGCUAACUGGAACCCCUAAAUCCCAAAGUGGAACCCCACGGCCAGCCUCAGCCGGAGUGGGAGGUCCGUUGCCUCCGGCGGGGGCGCCGUCGUCGUCGUCUGGACAUUCUGACAGCGAGUCCGGUCAGGCCAGACCUGGCGGAGCUCCCAGCAGCAACAACGGCGCCCCCCAAAGGACAGACGGAGGACUCAAAGCUGCGCCUGCAGGCUCAGAUCCUGGCAGCAGAGACGCUACGGGGGCAAUGGGUCUCCCGGGUGCAGCUCUGUCCCCAUCUGGAAGUUCUAGCAUCCUGUCUGCUCAUCUCCAGAGCGAUGCGGUCCAGAGGAGUGGCGGCGGGAACAUAGACUGUCUUUCCAAAGAGCAGCUCGAACACAGAGAGCGCUCUUUACAGACUCUGAGAGACAUAGAGAGACUUUUCCUGCGCACUGGAGACCCAGGGGGCUCAACCGGCGGUCCUAAUAACCCACCCAAUUUAAAUAAUAAUACUGAGAGGAGUGGUACUGAGGACUCUGAGAUUGGUACGAACACCCCUGGGAAUUGUGGGAGUGGUGGCAUGUUGCCUUCAGCUCCCCUGGGGGCGAUGAAAAAGUAUGAGGAGCCCCUCCAGUCCAUGAUUUCCCAAACGCAGUCCCUUGGCGGGCCCGUCCUCGACAACCCCCACAUAGACUCUCACCACAACCACCCGCAUCACCAGAUGCCCUCACCUGGAGACCCAAUGGGCCCCGUGAUGGGCCUGGAGGGGCUCACGCGGGAGCAAAUGGCCUGGAGGAAGCUUAAAGAAGAAUACUACCAGGAAAAGAGGCGGCAGCAGGAGAUUGAGCACCCGGGGCCCCCGCAGCACUUUAGAAUGAUUCCUGAGGUGGGCCCCAUGAUGAUGAGAGGUCCCCCACCUCCCUACCACAGCAAGCUUGGAGACCAGCAAUGGGGUCCUGGCAAUAUGAUGCGAAGGGGCGUUGGUGGAAAUGGGAAGGUCUUUGACCUGCACCAAGAGGGUCCGCGUGGCCCUCGCUUCCUCGGUCAGAUCCAGAGGGGGCAGCCCGGAGGAGGGGGCUUCCCUGGCUCAAUAGAGGGUCUGGGGCCUCAGCGGCCCAUCCGUCCUGGGAUGAUAUGGCUGGAAGACAUGCCUAACAACAUCGGCGGUGGUGGGGGGGGCUUUCAUGGCUGUUACCCUGGCGGAGCUUCCCAACAUUUCCAGGACGACUCCGAGCUCUUAACGCGCGAGGAAAUGUUCCGGAUCAUGGAGAAACGACAGAUGCAGGUCUCCAGGUUUGAAAUGGACAGAUUGGCGAAGCAGCAGCAGCACCAGGGAAACAUGGGGCCCAGAAUAAUCGACGGUUUUGGGGGCCCGGACUUUCCCAACCUGGGAAUGGGCCGAGGCCCGCCCUCCGGUCGGGUUGAUCCCAUGGACUUUCCUGGUUCAAGGGAGAUGAUGGGGUCUCCUGGAGAAUGUCAUCCCAUGAGAGACUUGGUUGAUUCCCCUUUAGGGAGCAACAUGCCGAUGGGCGUGAACCCACACAUGAACCUUCAGCAGCAGCAGAUGAUGUUGUCACAGAGGCUCAGAGGGGGUCCUGCAGGUGGAGGCCCCCUAGGUGACAUGUUUGGACCUGGAGAAAUAAGUGCUUCACAAAGUGGAAGGAGUGGGAAUAAGGGAAUGAUGCCAGGGCCCGAUGGCCCCUACCAGUUUCCUGGCCAAGGCACCUUCUCUGGAGGUCAGGUGGACGGGCCUUUUCUUCAGCAGCCUGGCCCCGAGAUGUUCGGACCUGACCAACCUGGACCCAAUCAACUUGGAGCUACGUCGCGGCUCAGCCAUAUGCCUCAGACCGAAGGCCUUCGGGGAGCAGAUCUCGGUCCCAGGAGCGGCCCUGAAAUGUCGGUGAUCGUUAACCCCCUUACCUCUCCAUCAGUGCCUCCUCCUCACCAGCUCAAGUCCCCGUCCCUCAAUCAAGAGCCAUCUCCUCUUUUGCCUUCUCCGUCUGCACCGGGCCUGAGGUCACCCCUCCCCUCCGCCGGGCACCACCCCGGUUUUCCCCCGGCGUCCGGCGCAGGAACUCCCUGCUCCUCCUCUCUGAAAUCCCCCCAGAUAAUGGGGUCUUCCAACCUCGGGUUGCACUCUCCAUCCGCGUCUCCGCGGCAGCUCAAGUCUCCCGCCAUGGCCGUGAGUUCUCCCGGGUGGACGUCGCCCAAAGCAGCUCUUCCAAGUCCAGGCGGUCCAACCAGUGGGAAGCCCAUCGGCAACGGAGGAGGUAGCUCCACUGAAACAGGUCAGCCCCAUCCCCCGAGAAGUUCCAGUUCAACGCCCCUCAGCCAGCCGGCUUCGAUAAAUGCCGCUCUGCCCUUCACUUCGUCCCCUGGUGCUCCGCCGUCUCAGAAUCCUUUAUCCCUCAUUAUGUCCCAGAUGUCCAAGUACGCCGUUCCCAGUUCUACGCCCCUCUACCACGAUGCAAUCAAAACAAUCGCCACCUCCGACGACGAGAUGCUGCCAGAUCGACCUCUGCUGUCCGGUGUCACUAUUGGAGGAAACAUGGGGAACGCCCAGAUGUCACAGAUACUUAAUUGUCAACAAAAUGACCCUCAAAGCCCAAUGGGACUGGUCAGCCAAGGUCAGCAGCACCUUUCCCAUGAUGCCUCGGGGCCUGAUCUGGGCAUGCCAGCCAUGAGUUCUGUCAUUAUGGGAGGAGGAGGAGGAGGAGGGGCCCCUGAUGGGAUGGGGCCCAGCGGUGCGUCGCCGUUAUCGGCGGGUUUCCCCCGCAUGCAGCCGCCGUCACACGGGCCCAUGCACUCCCCGAUCGGAGGCAUGCCCCAGAACUUCCCUCAGUCUAACGACGACAUUCUGCCGCAUCAGCAGUUGCAGAUGCUCAACAAAGGCCAUCAUCACCAACGCGCGCCUCACCCGUCUGACUCCUUCCCGCCUCUCCCUCUGGGCGACGGGCCGGACUUGAGCGAGGUGAUACGACCCACUCACUCGGGAAUCCCCGAGUUCGAUCUGUCCCGCAUCAUUCCCUCCGACAAGCCCAGCAGCACUCUCCAGUACUUCCCCAAGAGCGAGCCGCACCAGAAUCCGCACCACGGCCCCCGCUCCCAGCAGCACGCCCCACAGCAGCUCCUCAAGCAGCUGUCCUCCUCGGGCCCCCAGCACGGCGGCGGCCCCUCGUGCAACCCGCAUCUAGCCAGCCUGCAGAGCAUGGCCGAGCAGCAGCUGCCGCCUCACCCGUCCCACGGAGGAAUCCGACAAAGCAUCGGCGUUCCUCAGGGCGGGUCCAGGGCUAUGAUGUCUGGCAUGUGUCCCCCCGGACACAUGAUGGGAAGGACAGGAAUGAUGCCGCAGCAGCAACAGCAAGCCAUGAUGGCCAAUAAUCUCCUGCACCAUCCCUCGGGCCCAUACCCCGGCAUGAUGCCGCCCCAGCCGCACAACCUGAUGACGCAGCAGAACAUCAUGAUGAUGCAGGCUAAGCAGAGAAGCAUGUCGAUUCCAGGGGAGCCGUUCGGACACCAGGGACCCAUGGUGGGGCCCCCCCACCCUCAGGCCGGCAUGAUGGGCCAGCAGCCUCUCAGGCAGCGGGGAAUGUCUCUGGACAGUCCGAUCGGCUACGGCUCCGGCGGCAUGGCCAAUAUGCCUUUCUGACCCGGCUUCAGAUUUACCCCCCCACCCCCAAAAAGUCCAGUUUUCGUUUACCGUCGUUCCCGUAUGUGUUUUGAGUGAUGAUCUCCGCGUUUUGGGCUGAAGCCGAUUUUAAGAAAUGUAAAAUUUAAAAGCACUGUAACACUGUUCAAUAAAUUUAAAGCCAUUUUCUAAAAAAAGAAAAGGAAAAAAGAAAUACUGUAAAUUGUGUAAAUUUCAACAAAAUCUGUGUAUUUGCUUGGUGACGGUUUCAAGAGGAGGAGUGCCUCAAAUUUCUAUUUGUUUUAAUAUCGUUGAUUUGUUUUUUUCUCCAAUUAGAGAAAAAACUGUUGUGGAAAUAAAUUAUAUAUAAAUAUAUAAUAUAUACUUGCUGUAUAUAAGAUGCAAUUUGUGAUUGUUUGCAGUUGUUCUGUCUGUGUUUUAAUAGUAGUCUACAAAUAGAAUAAUAAUCUCUGGAGUUGA